AUGACAAAUGCAUAAGUUCAUGUGAACGGCUAUCAAAUUUUUGGUUACAUUGCACUGUCACUAGAUUGCCUUCGAUACAUUUGGUUAGCAGAAAAGGAAAAUACGUCGCUACUUUAUCUUAUCGAGAUAUUACGUCCUACAAAUAUCAACUUUUGACAAUCGCAAGAUGACUCGUUACAAGACUUUAAAGAAAAAGAAACGUUUAUGUAUUAGUUUGGCUGUUUUUAUUUUAAUGAAGAUAAUACGUAAAGGUAAAAAAAUGCGAAAACGUAGAUGGUGGGUGCGACCAUGGGCCACACAAGAACGAAGAGAAUCACAAGGUAUUGCAUUCAAUUUGAUUCCAGAGUUAAGACGCACAGAUAUCGCAAGUUUUGGAAACUUUUUAAGAAUGGAACCGACAUUGUUUGAUGAAUUGUAUGAUCAGGUCAAUGUUUUUCUUUUGAAAAAGAAUACCAACAUGAGGGAUGCUAUUUCACCAUUUGAGAAACUAUGUGUAACUCUGCGAUUUCUUGCAACUGGAGCAUCAUAUAAAGAUCUUUCUUACUCAUUCAGAAUGUCAACUUCUACAAUAUCAACAUUUGUUCCAAUUGUGUGCAAAGUAAUCAAUAAUGUUUUGAAAAAAGACUUUGGAUUGCUGACAAACUGCACAGAUAUAAUUAUUUAGCACUGGAGUUUAAUUUAUGCAUGUUUUAACUGACGCGUAAUUUGACGCGCAAUAUUCAUUGGGAUAAAAAGGAUUUGAGUCUAUAGUGCAGCUGACAGUUACCACAUGCUAACCUGGGCGAAAGCUUCAUCAUUGUAUUACUUUAUUAUAUUGGCUAACCUGUAUUGAAAUUAAUGUAGAUCGUGAGGACCCGGCAAAGAAGUGAGUUCAUGUAUUUACGUUUGGUAUACUGUUAAACUGCACAUUUGUUAUUUAUACUAUAUCAUUAUUUACUAGAUCGAAUAAAAAAUUAUUUACUUAUAAUCUAUA